CUCUUCAAUUCCAGUUGAUUGAAUCCGCGGCGUGCCAUGAAGAUCUCCAUACUUCUGGGCUUGAUGUCCCUGAACAUCAUAGACUUUACCAAUGCUGGAGCUGUCUCCGUCAAAAAGGACCUCGCUUCACGAACUGUGAAUGUCAAGCCUCGUGGUCUCCCAGAUGCACCGGACGGCUAUGCUCCGGUCCAUGUUACCUGUCCAUCGAGCCGACCUACAAUUCGGCCUGGCUCCGCACUGUCCUCCGAUGAGACAGCAUGGCUCAAAACUCGCCGCCAGAAGACCGAGUCCGCGCUGAAAGACUUCUUUGGGCAUAUCGAGAUUGAAGACUUCGAUGCUGUGAGCUACAUCGGGAACCACUCUGGCAGCGACUUACCGAAUGUCGCGAUUGGCAUCUCGGGUGGUGGUCUUGUCGCGUGUCUGAAUGGAGGAGGUGCUAUUAAGGCCUUUGAUGAACGCACCGAAGGAUCAACGGCUCAAGGUCAGCUCGGUGGUCUGCUGCAGUCAGCCACUUACUUUGCUGCCCUCAGCGGUGGCUCGUGGGCUCUCGGUUCUAUCUACAUCAAUAACUUCACGACGGUCUCUAAUUUACAGGAGAACCUUUGGGAUUUCACCUCUCCUGAACUGAUAUAUGGUCCUGCCAAGAUGUCGCAUGUCGAAUUCUGGGGAAACAUCUCUGCUGAAGUAAGGAGCAAGCGGGAUGCUGGAUUUAAGACCGGUGACGCAGAUUUCUGGGGCCGUAUCCAGGGAUACAACUUCUUCAAUGCUAGCCAUGGUGGGGUUGACUACACCUGGUCCUCGAUCGCAAAGACCCAGUCCUUCCAGAGUGGUGAUAUGCCGAUGCCUCUGGUGGUGAUGACUGGCAAUCAUAAAAACACCGAAAGCUUGUCAAGCUCCCCGGCAACCUAUCCAAUCUACGAGACUACGCCUUGGGAGUGGGGUACCUACGAUGACGAUAUCUACGGCUUCGCACCCUUGGAAUAUCUUGGUACUCGAUUCGUCGACGGUGUAGUGCCAGACAACGACACCUGCGUCCGUGGCUUCGACAAUGCGGGCUUCAUCACCGGCUCGUCAAGCGAUAUCUGGAACGAGAAGGGACAGGAUAUCCUUUUCUAUUUAGAGGAAGCUCUAGAAUACUACGAAUCCACCACGCCAAACUCCACCCUAGUGACGUUUUUGGAAAUCGCCAUCAAGGACUUCUAUAACGCCUCCAGCUCCACAAACUCAAGCAUCAACGGGCCAGCAGCCUACGACCCGAACCCCUUCUACCAAUACAACACCGCCACCUCCCCAUUCGCACAAACCACCGAUCUGAUCGUGCAGGACGGAGGUGAAACCAGCCAGAACAUCCCACUGUACCCUCUCAUCCAACAAAAGCGCAGUGUAGACGUGAUCUUCGCCGUCGACUCCCUCGGCUCCGAGUCUUACGACUACUGGCCGACAGGCUCAUCACUGAUUGCAACCUACAACCGCACCCUCCUCAACGUCGCAAACGACACCUCUUUCCCCGAGAUCCCCGACCUCGACACGUUCCUCAAUCUCGGCCUGAAUGCUCGUCCGACCUUCUUCGGCUGCAAUGCCUCUCGUCUGAAUACGCCGACACCCUUGGUCGUUUACCUGCCUAACCAUCCUAUUACCUAUAGCUCCAACUUCUCGCUCAUUCAGGGUCAAUUUAGCGAUGCCCAGCGUGACGCGAUUAUCGCCAAUGGUUACAAUGUUGCGACACAGGCGAACGGCACUCUGGAUGAGGAGUGGUCGACUUGCGUGGGCUGUGCGGUUCUCAGUCGCUCGUUCAACCGCACUGGCACUACCGCCCCAGAGGCCUGCACGAAGUGCUUCCAACGUUAUUGUUGGAAUGGGACCACCGAUGACCAGACUCCGUCGGCUUACCUGCCGACAGCUUCUUUGAGCGCCGUUGAGUCGGCCCAGGCCCAGGCGACUUCAUCAUCGACUGCUUCUAGCAUGGGUACUUCGCUGAGUGCGGGUGUAGGAUCUACUCUAGCCGUGGUGGGAAUGAUUCUCUUGAUGGUGGUUUAAUCUGUGAUCAAAUUUAGCCCAAGAUGUGAUGAUAUAUUUGAAUUUUGCGAUCAUGUUCUAUAGCCAUGGAUAGAUGUCCGAUAAUACAAGGGAGUCAGUACAGG